GACGUAGAGUCACGCGACCAGUUAGUGGAAAACGCAUAAGAACGCGGGACUGUUCACUGGAGCCUUCACAAUGGAGUUGUAUUUUUGUUCGUCUUGAUCAGCCGAAAGCUUUUGCUCUGAUUUUUCUGUACUUCUAGUGACAUAAUCUCAAAGUAGGCCUGAAUUGCAAGGAUGUCAAGUAACGAAGAAUCUCUUCAUAAAGAAAAAUUUAGAUUUGCGAUCGAUCGAGGAGGAACUUUCACGGACGUUUAUUCAGAAUGUCCAAACGGAGAAGUAAGAGUAAUGAAACUGCUUUCUGUAGAUCCUGCAUAUCCUGAUGCACCGAGAGAAGGAAUAAGAAGAAUUCUGGAACAGGUAAAUCGUAAUGUGAUGCUAAUUUAUUAGUCUAAAAGUGACGAAGGACCGCCCGCGAGAUUAGCUAGUGAGCGUCCGUCCUUGACAGGAAAAUUGAAUUUUAACAGAAGGCACUUGAUAUUAAAUAAUGGUGACCACAACUCUCACAGUAAGUUAUAUCCGAAUAAAAGAAAGUCAAAGGAAUAUUAAAAUAGUGUUUAUGAAAAAAAGUUUUAACGCAACUCAUACAUAUGUUGAUUUAUUUAUAAGAUUUUUCUUGUUGAAUGAUGGGUACUGGGUUGGCCGAGCGUGCGCACCUCAAUAUAUUAUUAUAUUCUACGCAGACCACGACGACUCCCAGUACAUGGUUCCGGAAGCAGGGUUGUCACUAAGAUUUCAAGUUGCCGGAUAAACACAACAAGUAGGCGGGUAAUCAAACGGCUAGGGAUUUCUUUUGGUUCUAUUUUUCUUCUGUUUUCCAAUAAAAGUAGCCGGGGGCCACUCUCUUAGUAGCCGGGGAAAAUCCCCGGCCCCCGGCUCUUAAUGACAACCCUGCGGAAGUAUAAAGCCUUAACCAGAUUACUGAUAAAUGUCUGGUUUAAAUAAAGUGUGUGACCAGAAGUGUCACAACACCCUCAAUAGUUGGUGCAACAUUUUUAAAAUAUGAUUGUAAACUGCACGGGAGGGAAGGGUGAGACUCACACAGUCUCUCCCUCAAGAAUACCCUAUCAAAUUACCACUUGACAGAGAAGGUACCGCUAUCAUAUACCAUCAAUUAUCAAAUGGUUACCCCUUCACACACCUAAAAAAGAACACAGGAUCCUAUUUACCUGCUGUAACUUGUCCAUCUCUUUAAUGUGAAUUAGUUGACUUUUGGGGAAAUCUUUCUGAUACACCCUGUACGCCGUUAUAGAGAGUAAGCCCAGUGGUGGAUCCAGGCGAGGGGCCCGGGGGACCCCUUAUUAAUUUUUUGGACCAAACUGAGGUCCGAAGUGCCAAAAAAAUUUUUUUUGGGGGGGAGACUGGGUCCCCCUUAACUAAGGGUCUGGAUGACUGCCCCCCGCCCCCACUCUCCCCCCUUAUCUCAAGGUCUGGAUUUGGCACUGAAGCCCCCCUCCUCCUAGGCCCAUUGACUUGCCUAAAAUGUAUGGUUGUGCCAAUGGCUGUUCUCUAUUUCAGCGGGAAUGUUUUUGGGAACAACCCUGAGGAAGUUGUGGGUAUCAGAGCAAGAUUUUCACUAAGGUCAAUUUUCCAAUGAAAGUUACUUUCCUCUAGCAGUUUAAAGGAAUCAUGCUUAUUGAUAAUUUUUAGUUACAGUACAUGUAGGUGUUACAGUCAAACCCAGGAAAACUGUUUACAAAUAAAAUAAUUUAUCUCUGGAGUGUUACAUGUAUUGUGUUCCAAGAAAAAGCCAAUCAGGUGUGGGAAACUAAACCACAAGCAAGAACAAGAACAACAACAACAACAACUUUAUUUGUACCCUACAUCGAUUUCCAUGAUACAAAAAAAAGAUUACUUUAAAACAUCGAGAGAGUACAGGCUGCCCAUAAUAACCAUUGAGGACUAAAAAGAUAGGGCACCCUAACUUAGAUUAUUAAUAAAUGAUUACUUGGUAAGGUACCAUCUUGCCUGACUGACCACUGACUCUCCUCAUUAAUUAGUUUGUGGUUUUGUGGCAAGCUCACAUGUCUUGAUCUCUUCUGUGAUUGGUCACAACACAAUCAACAUUCCUGAAAUAUUUCAAGUGUUCAUGGUUUUGUUGUUUGACUGUCAGUUGUCUAUGUCUGUGAUAAAUGUUGUGAUGUGUGUUGUACAUGGGACAUGGUUCCACAUGGGUAGUUGGAGGGUGGAUGUUGAGGGAACAAUUUUGCACAAAUGCAAGACCCUAAAGAGUUCUGUGAUUAUAAUUAUUUAGAUUAUGUCAUUUAUUUUUCCAAGGUGACUGGAGUAAAGAUGCCGGCAAAUGAACCAAUAGAUCCUAAAUACAUUGACUGGAUCAGAAUGGGUACAACUGUUGCCACUAACGCUUUGUUGGAAAGGAAAGGAGAAAGAAUGGCGCUGGUUAUAACUGAAGGAUUUCAUGAUCUUCUCCACAUUGGAAAUCAGACAAGACCAAAUAUAUUUGACCUAGUGAGUGAGAGAUUGUAAUAGUUUAUUAUUCAGUUAAGCUUUGCUCUUAAUGAAUAGGCAUCUACACCUAAAACAGACACCUUGGAAUAGUUCCUGGCAUUUGUCAGUUUAUUAAAUCCAUAACUCUUUAUGGGCACCUCUGUUAAUGUUAUAUGGACAUUUUGCAUUCUCCUGUUUUAUUUCCAUUGUCUGUCUGCCUCUGGGUAAUACAUUCUUCCUCUGUUUUUUGUCUUUCUUUCUACUUUCAUUGAAAUGUUGAUGUAUUGUCCAGGUGUUCAUGGAAAGUUUUUGUGUCUUUGUAUACUUGGCAUUAUCUUAGAGUUAGUAUCCCCAAAAUAUUAGUGGAGCUCCACGCGUGGCGUGAAGCGCCACGCUUUGGCGGAGCCCCAUAACUAAGGAAAUGUGUUAAUCUACCUAUCCGAGAAAAUUUGGUAAUCACGUGACCGUACACUGAGCGAGCGACCAUCCGUCCGCACCACAGGCAUACCAGUGUAAAAUAACUCAAUCAGCAGGUAUGGCAACCCAAAUGCAAUUCAAAGUUUUAUUUGGAAGGAAAUCACAUGGCCGCCUGGACUUUUAGAAAGAAAAAACAACAACAAAGUCAUGUCUUUUUGGCGUUAUUUUUUAUGUUUACACUGAUGUGGAUAACAGAGAACGAGCUAGCUAGAGCGAGUUAUUGAAAACAAAGGAGACGAACAAUUAACCCUCAUAGAAAUUCAAAGCGGCGGUGAGAAAAUGAGAAAUGCUAGCAGCCAGCAAGGUGAAAAUGAGCGGCGGUGAAAAAUAAAAGCGAACUUGAACACAGGAAAGAAAAUAUUGGGUAAACACAUGCGACAAUUCCUCCGUAAAAAUAAUGUGUAACUAGGAAGUUUGACGUUUUAGUCACUUUGUAGUCGUGCAAAACAGUGGCAAGGGAAAGACAAAAAAGCGUGCUGCACGUGCAAAUUUGCUUUUUGCUAAUUAGAAGAAAAAGUGUGCUGCAUGUUCAAUUUGUUUUUUUGCUAAUUAGAUCUAUUAGUCUUGAAGCCAUUUUCAUUGUCAUCUCCGUUUAGCAUUACACGAUUUAACUUUUUCGUUUAUAAGUAUUAACCAGAGCUUCGCUUUUAGCCCUUGCUGAAUCUAUAUACUCCUGGUUUCUGUUCUAUUCCAGCUUACCUUGCACAGGGGGUGGCAAUGUUUAUCCUAGAUUUUAGGACAAUCAAUCAAUUAUUGAUUGAUUGAUUGAUUCUUUCCACUCUAUAGGUAGACUGUCCAGCUACACACAUUAGAUAUGUGCAUCUUGACAAUAUAAAAUACCAGUAAAGUAGGCAGCGACUCUACCAAACCAUUUUGGGCCUGCUGGUAUGAUGGAGUAAAACCCCUAUUAUUGCAAACUAUUUUGUGGCAUACACUGUAGGUGACUGCAGAAUGAUAUUUUAAUAAAAUGUUUUGCAGAAAGUAAUAUGUCCAGAGGUGUUACAUGAAGAUGUUAUUGUAGUUAAAGGAAGAUUGGUUUUAUUUCAAGACGACAGUGAGAUUCAAAGACCUGAAAACAGUAAUUUUGUCACUGGAAGUACAGGAGAAAAGGUAUGGCUUGUGGUAAUUAAUACUACUGCAAUACUUUAUUGUUAAAGAGAGUCAAGUCGUAGUGGCAGAUGUAUCAGACCUUUAUGGUAGCACAUGGCUGUAAAACAGCAAAAUCAUUUUUGUUACGUUGUACAAUAAAUUGUAAAAUUAUUUGAUUUUGUGUUGAUUUUGAUUCAACUUACAAUACUUGUGACAUUAGUUGGGAGAGCAGUGGUAUUUUCUCCCCCCUCAAUGUUUGUUUUUUUGAGUUGGGAUGUCAAAAGGAAAAAAUCAACACUGGGAGGGAAGGAGCACAGGGUAAAGCACAGGGUGUCCCAACUUAAUGAGACGAGGAUUGUAGGUCUAGGUUAAUUCUCAACUAUUUCAGAACCUACCUUGAUUAAAAUAUUUUCUACCUGGAAUCAAAUUUGAUCUAUUAUUAUUGUUAAGUAAAUUUUUACGAAAAAAAAAAAAUUUUUUUUCCUUUUUUACUGGUUGCCUGUGUCAUGCCCAGGGAUGCUAUACUUUCAGUUAAAUCUUGUGUUGAAUAAUGGCAAAACUGUGCCCUAACAUACAUGGUACAGUAACUGGUCAUACAUGUAAGCUCUGUAUAUAAUCUACGACGACCAUGCUAAGGUGGUUGACCUAUUAACAAAUUCCCAAGGUUUUCUCUGCAGGGGUUUUUAUUACUUGAUGGCUCUUAAAAGUAGCUUGGGAGAUCUAAAAUUUUAAUUGUGUUAAGGUAAUUGAAAGAAUUAUUAUUUAAUUAGUACAAGUUGUUGCAGUUAGUGUUUUAUUUGACACAAGUUUUGAUUUCCCUUUAGCUUGAGGAAUGGGAACCCUUAGAUAAAGAACAGCUUAGACAGGACCUCCAGGUAACUGAAUAUUAUUAUGAACAAAGUAAUAGGUUGUUGGCAUUAGAUUAAAAUAAUGUGGGUAUACAGGGUGCAAAAAAAAUCAUUUUUACAGCUUGCCAUUUGGGCAAGUUGAAGCUAGCAUUUACAUGUACUAGCCCUGAUGUCAUUUUCAACUAGCCCUAAAAGCUUUUUGAUGAGCAGAAUUAAUUUCACAGUUCUUCUGUUAUUCAAAUUCCUCAAAAAAUAUCACUUGCCUGUCAGUUAAAAACAGAAUUCACUAGCUCCAUAGCAAAAUCCACUAGCCCCAGGCUAUCGGACACUACUUUCUUUGAAAGCUGAGAUAUAUUAGCUAUAUAGAUACCUAAUCUUAAAUCGAAGAUUGUGGUUUUCAUUAUUUUCAUUCAUACAACCAUAGUUAAUUGAGUGGAAUGGUUAUGAAACCCGUCAGACUCCUUUGUUAUAUGUUUUUGUGGACCUGAAAGUGCACAACGUUCAAAAGAAUUCCUAUCAUUUUAAUUGUAUUGACCAAUAAAAACGUUGCAUUAAUUUAUUCCGUAACAAUUUGCCAACAGAAAACAAAGGAUUGUGCACUUUCACGGUGCUUUGAACAUAAACUGCAGCACUGUUGUUUUUAUCAUUGAUGUUUGCCGCUUUUCAUAACCAGUCUCCUCUAUUAACUAUGAUACAACCCUGAAAUAACAUAAUUUGUUAAUUAUUUAUUACAGAGAGUCCUUGACAAGGGGAUCAAGAGUUUGGCUGUUGUAUUAAUGCAUUCAUACAUGUAGGUACUGGUAUCUGAUUUUGUGUUAAAUAAUUAAUAAAUUGUUAAGAAUAUAGUGAACUUUCCUAAUUUCCAUAUUUCCACACUGUUCUUCUAGUGGUGACAUUAAUGCAUGCCACAAUUUUUAGGGUUCUCUCUCAGUGAUCAUGCCCUUAAUUCCUGCUACCUCCUAAAUAAAUGUAUUAACCCUCUUAAGUUUGAAGAGAAACCCAUUUCAAUUUCUCCUGACAAUUUCAAUAAAGUGAUUAAGAGAGAAGGUUAUGAAAAUUAUUAAAAUGAAUAUCAAAGGAAAAUGCUUUGAUCUGUAUGGAGACCCGUCUGGAUAAUUUGUAUGUGAAAAUUCUGGGCCUAAAGGGUUAAGAAUUAAUGAUGUUGACCUCUGUGUUAAGGUCUUAGAAAUGUAUAUAAUUUUACAAGAACUGCUACUUUUUUUCAGGUAUGAUGUGCAUGAGAAAGAAGUUGGUAAAAUUGCUCUGGAAAUGGGUUUUGAGCAGGUGUCGCUGUCAUCAACAAUAAUGCCCAUGGUGAGGGUUGUGCCUAGAGGGUAUACAGGUAAAUUAAACAUUCUGAUAUGGUGAUCUACUUGUGCACUAACAGUAAUCUUUACCCAAAAUGGGUGCAGCUUUCUGUUUGGAUUAAAAAUUUCAAACUACUGUAGUUUGAUCUUGUUGUCAUUUUUCUUAGUUUGUAUAUAGCUGUGGAAUGAAUCUAGAGUAAAAGAGAAAAUAUUUCAUAAAAAAAUCGAUAUAAUACUGACUACCUUGUUUUUCAGGUAGAUUUUCUGUUUAAAGUUCUCACCCCACUGUACAUGAUGAUGCUUAAUUUCCAUGAAUAUUAAUUUUUUUUUGUAUUGUAGCCUCUGCAGAUGCCUAUUUGACUCCAUGUAUCAAGAAAUACAUUCGAGGAUUUACUGCUGGUUUCAAAAAGGGUAUUGAAGUAUGUGUUAUGGCAAACAGGGUGAAUUUGUAUUCUGGAAAAAGAGUGGUAUCUUGGGAUACCAAAUCUUGGAAUAUCUUGCAAUGAUCAAUACAUCUAUUAUGGCCCCAUCCACAUGCAUCAGGAUAUCCUCCCUUUUCAAAAAAUAUGCAUCCACACGUAGCAUAUUCAAAUCAUUUUCGCCUGUCCACACAAAAAAGCUGAAACAAUGGAAAUACAAGAGCAUCCCUUUUGAAGCAUGCGUCAUGCUUGAAGUAUGACAUCAACAUAUUUGAAAACCUCCAUUUUUGUCUGUCCACACGUAAAUGAGAAGCCAGCGUUUUCAAAAACCCUACUCUGGAGAGUGUUUUUGAAAAGAUGUGUUUUCGGUGACUGUUUUCACUGUAUACGUGUGGAUGGUAGGCCAAACUGGAGAUAAAAAUCUCCAUUUUCAAACAAAAAUGGAUAUGUGUGUGGAUGCAUGGGGUUAUGUGUUGCAACAGUGAAUUGGGUUCAACUGGCAUGCCACUGUAAUUUGCCUUAAAUGUCUUGACAAAAUUGUAAACUGAAUUCUUACUAGUCAGAGUGGUCUUAAACUAUCAGAUACUAAUUAAUUAAGAGGCUUACAUAGCUAACCCGAAGGUUAUUGAAGCCUCUGUUGGUGUUUUACAUUUUGUAUAGGUAAUAGCAUGAUUUGUAGUGAUAUUUGGCAGAAAUACCACGAGUGAUAUUUGGAAAUUGUUAAUAUAACGUAAUUUCACGAGCCGUUAGGCAAGUGAAACUUGAGACAAUUUUGAAAUAUCACGAGUGGUAUUUAUGCCAAAUAUCACAUACAAAUCAUGCUAUUAUUUGUUUAUACCACUACCAGCAAAAGGUUUGUAAUUUUCAGGGCUGUGCUCUAUCAGAGCAUGGUGGCCCCUGGCACCUAACUUUUGCCCUCGGGCAACUAGAAAAUCUCAGAUUUUUCAUACAAAUCAUUUGCUGGGCACCCUAGAUUUUACAGUUUCAGAGCACUGGGCUCCCUUCAAUUUUCCAAAGAGCACAGCCUUGAUUUUCACAUGUAGGUAUUUCAAAUUAAGCUGAAAUACCACUGCUCUAAGCCAAUCAAAUUGCAGAAAUUUCUCAUGUAGUGGUAUAUCUGUACAAAUACCACACAAAAAACCUUAUAGGAAGUGAAAAUAAAUCUGUUAGUUACUAAACUUUUAUUAGUUAUAGUUUAGCGGUCACAUUAAAAAUAUUCCUGAACCUUAAUUUAACAAUGAGGGUUGAGUUGCUCAAAGCAUGGUUAGCUUUAACCAUUGGUUAAGCAGUAUCAAAACCAAUACGUUGUCAAGGUAUUUUACGCUGGUUAACGCUAACCAUGCUCGAGCAACUGGGCCGAGGUUGUCAAAAUAAGAAAAAAAACAUAUUUUGGUCUUUUCUCUUCCAACAAGGAAAAAGUUCUUUUCAUGCAGUCUGAUGGAGGUCUGACUCCUGUAGCCAAGUGAGUUAAAAUUUGAUAUCAAUAAUUUUGAACAUACAACAUGUUGUGCUUAUUAAUAAAAUUUUAUACUACCACAACCAGAGCAGGGCUGUCACCAAAAUUUCAAGUUGCGGGGUAAAUACAACAAGAAGGUGGGGCAACAAACAGAUAGGGAUUCCUUUUUAUUCUUCUUUCCUAUGAAAGUAGCCAAUGACCACAUUCAUAGUAGCCAGGGGAAGUCCCCGGCCCUGGCCUCAUAAUGACAGCCCUGCUAGAGAGCUGCAGAAAUUUCUCUUUAAGUGACUGGAUGCAAUCACAUCUUGGGCACUGCAGAAUUGACAAUUCUGCCACAAACCUCUUGUUUUAACCUCUCUCAAUUGGCCUCCUCUAUCUCCACAACAGCAACAGCUACUCAAGAGCAUUGUAACUGCCUUUUAAAAGCAAGCAAAUAUGUAUGCAAUUUGGCUGGGAAAUAUAUUUACGCAAGUUGAUGUCACAUGAUUAUGAGUUUUGUACACAUCUGUCUCAGGUUUUAUGGAUCAAGGGCUAUUCUUUCUGGACCAGCAGGAGGUGUGGUAAGGUUAAGAUCUAUUAAUUUAGCUAAAGCACACAUCUUAAAAUUUUUGUGGUGGACCCUAGGGGAGGGUACUCAAUAGAGUUUUACAUGUGGAGGCUCCUCUGAGAGGUCCAAUCCCCUACUCUUAUAAACGAUACCCCUUUCACUGCCUAGUUUAGAACUUUACAUCUCUUUCAAUUGUUUUAAAUGCACUGUCUUUUAACUACUGAUAAAUCACAAAACCAGAAUGUUUUCUUGUCUCUUUCGAACACGACAUACACCUGUUAGGGCCUUUUUAUAGUCAGAAAUGACAGAUUUCCUUACGCUUCUCUAUACUUCAUUUAGUAAAAUCCCUACCCUUUCAUAUAACUGAAGCCUGAAAAAGUUACCCCUUUUGGGUACAACCUUCUUGUAUUGGCCAUUAUAGGGAGUACCCCCAACUCCCCACCCCCACCCCCCACUGCCCCAUGCUAACAAUAAAACGUGAAAAGAAAUUAUAGUUAAUUUAAUGUUGCAAGCUUUUCUUGAACAUCUAGAAGUAAAGAUAAUAAUUAUUAAUGCUAUUCCUGGAAUUCUUUGAAAGGGAAUAGUUAUUUACUUAUCCAUUUGUGAUAACAUGACUUCUCCAAAACUGCAUGUAUGAACUGUUUGGUGCAAGUGUUGAACCUGACAGAGGUGGCUUUGUUUUCUUAAAUUGAAAUCCAAUCAUUCUUGGUGAAAUGCUGCCAAAAUCAACAAUAUUAUAUGUAUUACUACAGUUUUGCUCAUGAAAUGAACUGCUGAAAAUUCUUAGUGUAUUUUUAACAAAGUCAGAAAAGCCUUUUAAGUAAACCUCCCCUCAAACUAAAGCCAGCAAUAUUUUCACUUAAUACUGUGGAUGGUUUAAUUACCCAGGUUGGCUAUGCAAUGACAACUUUUGAGAGAGAGACUGAUCAGCCAGUUAUUGGAUUUGACAUGGGAGGUAAUGUGGGACUCGGAGACUUAAUGAGUUUGUAUUAUAAAUGAUCAUUUCAAUUACAAAACAAAUUUAAGAAGAUUAUAUUAAUCAUCGCUGUCUUGCUGUCCACUAGUAGAUGUGAGUAUUUUAUGAUCCCCAUUCCACUGCUGCUAUUGUAGUAAAUGAUGAAAUCAGCCAUCUUCUGUGAAAUUCUUGCAUACCAGGCUAUGCCAUGCUGAUCGGUGCUUAAAAGAAUGAUGGGGUAAUAUGUCUUUGCCCUUGUAUACAGUGUAAGGGGCUCACACAACGUGAGUGUUUUGUUGAGCCGAGUAUAUAUGUAGCUGGAGAAGUAGUCUAGCAUGAGAUAAGACCUUGGUGCAAUCCAGUCCACAGGAGCAACCUUAGGGAUCAUAAUGGUGAAGCUUGACGGCACUACCUCUUACUUCUGCCCAACAACUUUUCCAAAAAACAGAUGUGCAAAUAGACUAGACAUAGUAAGAUAAACAUUACAGAAGCUUUAACUUCAUCGUUAAUUUCUCUGGUAAUCUCAGGAACGUCUACCGAUGUGUCUCGUUUUGCUGGUCAUUUUGAACACGUGUUUGAGACAACAACAGCUGGAAUCACCAUACAAGCACCACAAGUAAGUGAAAUGAUUAUUUUCAUGUCCUUAUUGAACCGUUUUUGACCAGUUUUAACUAACUGCACUCUUUUAUUCAUAGUUACUUUUCCAAAUAAACCACUAAUGGUGGAUUCUGUUCCCUUAACAGCUAGAUAUUAACACUGUAGCAGCAGGGGGUGGAUCGCGCCUGUUUUUCAGGUCGGGACUGUUUGUUGUUGGACCUGAAUCAGCUAGCGCCCAUCCGGGACCUGUAUGCUAUAGGAAAGGUAAACAACGAUUUUCUUCUUAGUAUUACUACCACAAAUGAUCUAAUGGAUACUCGGGGCAUUUAUUUGAUUUUAGGGGUCCAAAGGAGGCGUUUAAUUGGGUUCGUCAGAACUAACGCAUCCUCAUCUUGGUGUGCCUGUGGUACAAAGCCACAAAUUUUCGAGGUAUCAGGGGCGACUGCUGAUUAGCCGCCCCCUCUGAUUUUAUCAGGGGCAUCUCGGCAGGGAAACUGGACUCCUCCCGUCUCGAUUUCGUUUCCGUAAGAGACGAACGCGGAUCCGUAGUCAAUGGUUCCCUCUAGUAGAUAGAAGGCGUUUAAAAUGUAGAGUCAUCUACAGUGGCGGAUCCAGACCUUUAGAUAAAGGGGGGUGGGGGCAGUCGUCCAGACUCUGAGAUAAUGGAGGGGGACCGGUCUCAAAAACAAUUUUUUCGGCCCAUCGGGCCUCUUUUUGGUCUAAAAAUAAGGGGGAGGGGCGGGCCCCCCGGCCCCCUCCCCUGGAUCCGCCACUGAUUUAUUCACAUGACUGUAGCAAGCUCAACAAAACUAAUAUGCUUCCGGCGAAAAUAUCAAUAGGGUUUUUAAAUUUCCACUCCAUCAAUUGAUACGUCUAGCCCUUGUCAUGCUUGAUAUUCAUAUUGAUAUUCUUUCACUGAUCUCAACCUCAAUGUCAGAAUCCUUAUUCAGGGUUAUGUGCUGUCAUCAUUAGCCUCUCCUUUUUAAGAACUUGACAUUGAGCCAAAUGCAAUGCACAAACCUUCGCUAAUCAAGAAAAGAACUGAGUAAAUUGAAUAAUGUUUUUUUUCCUAUUCCUUAGUAUUUUGGAGUAAUUGGCAUGGGCGGCGUCUGUUAGACCGGGGGCGUUUAUUAGAGAGAGGCAUCUAAUUUACAAACUUGAAAUCGUGAGAAAGUCGUUUCUUAGACAAGAGGGGUUUAUUUGUGAGGGGGCGUCCUUUAAAUCAUGUAUGGUACCAGUUGGCAUUUUUUAUUUCAAAAACUCUUUUAAGAUACUCUGCAUAGUAGCUGUAUUAAUUUUGGUGGGCAAAAAGACACGGUACAUUUUUUCAUGUAGUUUCUUGUGCUAAUUUCCUUACUUGUUGUGUAAUUACAUUAUGGUUUUUGUUUUUCAGGCGGCCCGCUUGCUGUGACAGAUGCAAAUUUGGUGCUAGGACGAAUUCUUCCGGAGUAAGUUCAUUCUUUUAGUUUCUUUUUCAAAAAGGUUAACCACCAAUCUAGUUACUUUGCGCCUUUGUCAAUACAAAAUUGAAAAUGCAAAAAUCAAGAGCGACUCUUUCUUUCUGUUAUCGUUUCUUUGAGCAGAUUCUUCCCGAAAAUCUUUGGAAAAAAUGAGGACCUGCCUUUGGAUUUUGAAGGAUCUUGGGCUGCUUUCAAGAAGCUUACAGAGGAGGUGAUUUAUUUUGAUUAUUUUUUCCAUUUUUUUGCUUAUUUGUUGUUGUUGUUGUUGUUCAUGUUGUUUUGUUUGCACUCUACUUGCCUUCACUUAUUCCAGUAAUAAAGUUGUUGUUGUUGUUGCCAUCCCUCCAGAAAGGCGGAUGGCGUUCUGGUCACCAGGAUAAAGCAUUCGUGCCCUCUUAUAUUUAGAAACGGCAUAUGUUUAACAGCUGCGCGGUUGCAUUGAAAAUGCAAUUUGCAGUGGUGUGAUCCAUCUUCUGUGUAAUGGAAAUUGAUAAUUUGCGUGACCAAACCUUACCUUAAGAAAGUGCGCAGACGUAAUCGAACUCAGUGGCGCAGGCUAUGCUUCAUGGGGACACCCCAAAGAAGUCUUAAAAGAACAAGUGAAAUUUCCAUCCUGGAAGACAACUGCUUAUGUUUAGAAGUUUUUCUUGGAUAGGUGGUUUCACAAGUGAAAAUAGAUUACAAAUUUUCUUACCGCUAAGAUUUUUAUUGAAUUGUUCUGCUCCGUGGGAGGAAAGGUAGCGCUAGAUGUGGGCUGAGGUGGUUUCUGAUUAUCGCCCUUGCUCCGAGAGGUUUUUCUCAAUUCUCCGGUUUUCUCUUUGCCUCUAGACUGUUCACAGUCCCCUUUUUUUCGUGAGAUCAUUUAGAUAUACGGCGUCUUACCGUCACGGCUUUGUUGAUUUUCAAAUGUACAGAGGGGGCGGGCGUCGGGGAUUAUAGCCUUAGUAGUUUUGACACUCAUGCGAGAUGGCAGCCCGUAACGCAAAGCUCUCGAUCUCGAUGAUCUUACGGGAAAAUAGAGGACUGUGAAAAGUCUACCUUGCCUCAAACACCAACACUUCCAAUUCCGAUUCUAUGUCGAUUACGCGAACAGUUCGAACGAAUUCUUGAGGACUCCGAAGCGCUUCUUGGGUAAACCAAUACAUGUAACACUUACAUUACAUUUGUUACCAGGUCAACGAAUUUCUGUCAAGUCAAGAUGAAGGUGCUAAAAAGGAACCAAUGAGUGUCGAGCAGGUUGCCAUGGGUUUUAUUACUGUUGCUAACGAGACCAUGUGUCGACCAAUCAGAGCUCUAACUGAGGCGAGAGGGCACGACACCGCCCGGCACGUGCUUGCGUGUUUUGGUGGAGCGGGUGGCCAACAUGCGUGUUCUAUUGCCAGGUCUUUAGGAAUGUCAACAGUCUUCAUUCACCGGUGAGUGGAAAUUUAUAUGCUUAAAGAUGUUUUAUGUACGAUAAGUAAACGACGUGGAAUGGCACAUAAGGCGAAUUGUAGGUUUAUGUGAAUAGCGGUAAAAAUGUUGCAUAGCGUACAUGCACCUCUUAAGCACGCAUUGGCAGUCGGGGUAAGUCUUAAGUGGCAUACCUCACACCUGAGUCCUUGCGCCCAAGUUAACACCCACAAAACAGUUAAUCUUUUCCAGACGUAUAACUUUAUUUGUUCCGUCCGUGUUCAACCCGUCUCACCGCGUUUUUUCCCUAGGCAAUAAACUUUUCUCCACUUUGUUUCUCUUCACCCAGGUGAAAAACCAGCGACAUACUUCCAGGGGUACCCUGGAAUUAACUGGCAUCCCUUUCGGGGGUUGGGGGGCGUUGUAAUACUCCCUAAAGCUACGGAAACUGUGGUAGGCUGCGGCCACGUGGGCCGCGUUGGCUCGGCGAUGCGCGCAAAUUGUUUCAGUCUUUCCAUUUUAACCCCAUUGCUAAACGGACCUGUAACAGUGCACACUAUGGUACCCAGUAGCUAUUUCUAGGAAAAUUCCUCUUGUAAAAUUUUUUUGAGGCAGAUUUUUUCGUUAUGGUGUAUUGUUUGUCAGGUUUGCUGGUAUCCUGUCAGCAUAUGGACUGGCUCUAGCAGAUGUGGUGCACGAGGCCCAGGAACCUUGCGCACGUGUUUAUGACAAAGGUAAAUUGAUUAUGAGAAAGGAUAGCAACAAUGUUUUUUCAUUUUUCCGUUUUCCAAAAUUCUUCGUUCUUGGUUCUUGAAGCUAUUGUCUCAGCACAGAGCUGCACAUAUCUGACUUUUGAAUGGUCGGGUUUAACGGUUUUCAUGUAAAAACUUUGUUUUCCUUGUUUACAAUACAGGGUCGUUUAGUUAUCUUGAUGAGAGGAUUGACCACUUAACACAGAAGUGCGUCGAGGAAUUGAAAAGCCAGGGAUUUGAAAAGUAAGUUAACUGCAGAACAGCGGCGACAAAGCAUCGAGCAGUAGAAUUGAGAGGUGCCUGGUCCAGGCGUUCAGAUAGUGGAGUGUGGCGCCAAGUCAGAGAGCAGAAUAAAAUAAGGAGGGAGAGGGCGAGAUAGGGGAGGCCUGUGAUGGUCAUUCAGCUCUCACUCCCUACCCCACCCCCUUGCUUUUUUUUCCUGCUCCCAUCUCUUUGUGUUGUCCCCACAAUCUGAAAACCCGGAAAUACAGCUGAGAAAUGGUAACUUCAUCAGUUGUACCUAUCAAUUACCGUAAAAUUCCGAAAAUAAGCCCCGGGGCUUAUAUUUUUCAAAGGCCCUUUUUGAGGGGCUUAUUUUUGGAGGGGCUUAUAUUCGGAGGGGCUUAUGUACGGAGGGAAAUUUGCGUUUCAAAAUCGAUUUGGCUAGCCUUCUUCUUGGAAGGAAAUUUACCGGUUUUUUUGUUUUAUUUUUGUAUUUGAGGGCAAUUUCCAAGUACAAGCCCCCCCCGGGGGGGGGCUUAUAUUUGGAGGGGCGAUUCAACGGAGGGUUUUUUGCGUUACGAGUUUGGGGGGCUUAUACAUGGAGGGGCUUAUUUUCGGAAUUUUACGGUACUUCACAACUAAUUACAAAUUUUAGCAAAAAUGAAAAAGAGUGAAUGUUACCCUAGAUAACUGGGAAAGUGGGGCGGCCUUUCUUGGGAGAUGGGACAUAAUUGGGUCAGGUACACAUCACAGAAACACAUACACCCAAUAGAUCUUCGAUCUCGUAUAAACAAUCCUGUCAGUGUCUCAAGCUAUCGCUGGCCUUUUUGCAAUAGCCCCAACUGAUUAAACUAUCUGGACGAAGUAUUCGUCUACAAUCGGCGACAAAGUGAGUUGAGGCACUUCGCCCGAAACUGGGCUUUUUUACGUUUUACUAACUUCAGAAGGAGGAAAUAUAGCUUUUCCUCCCCUAUUCCCUCCCUGAGUGUUUUGCCCAUAUUCGAGCUACCUAUAGGAACCAACAAACACCCCAACUUUGAAUGGAGGGGGCAGGGGAGGGGCUAGCCUGCGCGCAGACGAAAUUAAACUCCGGUUAACUCCGUCUGCGAAACAGCGCCGAAAUCCUUGUUCUGGAAUUUGGUACGGGAUUGGCCAGUUAAAAAGGCCUUUGUUUUGUUUGUCGUGAUCGCCAAUCAGGUUGAAGGGAAAUUCUUUUCGUUGAGUCCGUUGGGGGUCCAGAACAAGGAUCUACGGUACUAAUUUUAGUUAUCGUCUGCAAUGCCUCAAUUCUUUUGUUCUCCGAAGUUACCCUAUUUGAGUGCAAUGCCUCAACAAUUUUGUCGCCGAUUGUAGGUAUCUCUCUGAGGGGGGAUUGUGAAAGGAUAACUGGGAAAUAGAUAUUUGAUUGUUACCCGUAAGAAACUGGGAAAAGUUGUUCCUGGGAAAGUCUCUUUUUCCGCGUAGUAAGAAGCAGAUACUCCGGCAUCUAAGGCAAACCAUUCGUUCGACGCACGUUUGAACAUAAGGUACAUUUUGCUCUUUAAUCGGCCGUACAAAUUGGCUCCUUCACCUCCGUGGGUCACCGUAUAUUUUUCGACGAGUAUGUGUUCCUGUUAAAUCCUUACCUUCCACCAAACUUUGUUCAGCUGCUGCCUUCAGUUUUCAAUCAUGUUCUAGACUAGACUUCAUAUAGCCUACAUUUCUCAUACUAAUAAUGAAUUUUUUUCGGAAAUAAUGCCCUAUUAUACACUUGUUUAACGGUCCAUUUUUUUUCAGGAGUCAAAUCUCCACGGAAGCUUUUCUUCACAUGCGGUACAGCGGAACAGAUUGUGCUCUCAUGUGUACCGCUAUACCCAAAGACAAUGCACAGGUAAAUCUUAAUCUUCAGGUCUUCAUUGUUUUGCUUGACUGAUAUUUCUUGCAUUCUUUUAUGUGUAAGUAAAAUGAAAGAGGUUUAUACAUUAGACGUUAAAGUUCUCAAGAAAUUGAAAAUAGUAAAAGUGGACAAGUUCGAGAAAUUUGUCCUCAAGAACUGGAACCAAAGGUCCUGCAUUCUCCAAUAAAACCGUGGCGAGAAGUGUUCAUGAUUUCUGUCACACUGGACAAUUUUUCUUGCGACUUAAGUCGAACCAAAUUGGCAAAUUCUCUUCCAAAGAUGUUGAAACCAUGGUCCUGAAAAUGAGCUUUUUGAAAGCAUUGUUAAUGUUAGUUUUUUCUCAUAACGUAUCACUUGGUUAUUUUUUACUGAGUUUCUUUACCCAGGUUUACUCUUGUUGCAGUCUACUGCACAUUUCUUAGCUGCCUUUUUUUUUCAGCCAGGAGAAGUCUGUCGUCAUGGUGAUUUUGGACAAGCUUUUAAUGAAAGGUUGGAAAUUGUCAUGCUGUUUGCUAUCUUUUUAAAAAGCUAAAACUUUUCUCGCGUCCAUUGAAUACCAAAAAUAAUAGUCCAGUUUUGUUAUUGAAGAUUAUCUUAGGCAUUGAAGCUAUUUCCUGUCGUCUGUCACUACGGAUGGUAAGGAGUAGACAUGAACUGAAAUUUGAAAGUUGUUCCAGCUAUUUUAAGUUCGAUUGCUAUGCCUGCCUGCAAAAAUCACCAAAAAGAUACUGUGGUCAGUUCUCCAUGAUGAAAUUUGGUCGAUUUCUUCUUUACAACUUCACAGGAGAGUCACUCAAUUGCCGUCAAUGCUCGAAUUAGCGCCCGCGGCGCUUGUUUAAUUUUCUAAGGCAAGAGGGGGGGUGCUGAUUCGAAGGGGGGCGCUUAUUUCGUUUAUCAGUUUUUGGCCUCAAAAUGGUACUAUCUGUAUUUCAAGUUCACCCAAACUGUAACAUAAAAAAUUGAAAAAACGCUAUAGAAAAUUACUUUUUGUGAAACUUGCAACGUUCUCAAGACGAAGCACCUGUGAAAGUGGAGCACCUAUGUGCUCACAUGGACAUUUCUAUCGAGGAAAUGAGAAGCAAACCCGAACGACUUUGAAGAACAUUAAUUUUGUACUAUUUCGAAUGUCACAUUGAUUAAAAGUACCGUAUACGUCUCGUAUAUCGUACCGAGUACCGAACCUCGAGAAGGGGGGCGCUUAUUCCAAAUUUUAAGUCUUAGGAGGGGCGCUAAUUCGAAGCGGGGCGCUAAUUCGAGCAUUUACGGUAAUGACUUCAGUACAGAAUUGUCGCGAAACAGCAAUAUCCUCGUGUCAUAGCCCCUUUAAACCCUUGAAGCCAGAAACACUUUGGUUUCCUUUGCCAAUAGGUACAUGCGUGAGUUUGGAUUCACUAUCCCUAGCCGCCAGAUCCUCGUCGAUGAUAUCAGAGUGAGGGGCACUGGGCACUCAAAGACAUCAUUAGCACAUGAAGUGCCAACAGCCACUACUCCUCCCCCUGUGAAAAAGGUAUUAUUUAGCUUCUGCGGAGGAAAGUAUUAUAGGUUAUGACUAGAUUAGGUACUCCUAAAUGAGGUAGGUGCCUCAUGUUUCUUACACAACGCAAUACUCCUGGUGAAGAAUCAUUUAUUGGGAAAAAUGUGAAAACCAGAGAGAGUUAAUUGUUCAAGGUAAAGGGUUGAUUAUAGGGCUUAGCACCGAUGAACGGUGAUAGGGGCUUAGCACUGUUUUAAAAAGUUUGACUUUCAAAUACAAAAGUGGAAGCUGUUAUCCAUCUCGGACUUCGGGCUUGGUGGAUAAAGCCCUCCUCAAGCUGCAUAAUUCUUCAUAUCAUGCUUACCCUGGCUCCGGAGGUCCGUUCUGGAAAUACCUAGGAUGAAGUAAAACCGUGCUCACGGCUUCGUCGCGAACUAUCAGAAAUAAGAUGACAAAAACAAAAUCAUAGGCACCCAGGGUAUAUCGUGCUCAGCCUCAUUCAAUAACUAUUAAAUAUACUCUAGAAAUGUUUUUGCUAUUGAUUAGCGACCAUUCAACCAAAUAACGGUCUGUUCUUAAACUUCAAAAGGCAUCAAAGUGUUAUUUUGAGGAUGGCUUUCAUGAGACCAACAUCUACUUACUUGAGGAGUUAUCCGCUGGCCACACAAUAGAAGGACCCGCUGUCAUCGUAGGCAAAACCAGGUCAGUCCGGUGACUAUAGGAAGUGGCACCAUUUUAAAACUUGUUAAAUUCGUUAAGUAGUCGCCGUAUGGGCAAGUUCACUCGAUCAGUCGGACGGUAAACUUGAAACCUGUUUUAGUUCCAUUUGAUCGCUUCUAUUCGUUCCCCGGCCAAAGAAGCAGGCCCUUUCUUUUGUCGCCUGCCCUGCAGAUUAGUAAGGAUAAGUUAUUUUCGUGACUUUAAUUUUACUGAUACACCAAUGAAACCGUUUAGACAUGUUCAAGAAAGUUAAGUCCUGGUUUUAGAUUUGACUACAAGUACGAAAUCGAGUGGGUAUGUCAGUACGAAUUCGGAAUGGAAUUCCCUGAUUUAUAAAUCUUUCCCGUUGCUUGCAAUAAACGCUAGGGAUCAGAUUGCUGUGAUAUAUAAAAAGAGCAACACGAAUUUCAUUGGAAAACUCAUAAUGGUACUCAAUCUCGUCCUCCUAGUCUGUAAUAUCACGAUGAGCAGAGCAUAACCAGUGCAUAACUUCUACCAACGACAGUUGCUCCUUAUUAUUAAAAAGUCGUUUUCCCUAUGAGAAAUAUUAAACAUAAAAUAACGGAGAAAUAUUUGUUUAAAUCCGGGCACUCUGGCACGGUUGCCUUUGUAACGGUAAAAUUUGAUUUUUUUUUUUUACAGCACUAUUCUUGUUGAGCCCCUGUGUAAAGCUGUUGUUACAAAAUCCGGAGAUAUCAGAAUUGAGGUUUGUUAUUUUUGUGCCUGCUUCCUUGCUGUGAUAUAUUUGUUGUAACCAAAGUAUUUCAACUUGAUUCCACAUCACUACAUAAUAACGGAGUUUGUUUAUAUUUUGAAAUAAUUUUUUUUAAUUCUGCGUUAAAUAGUCUCAAAGUAUAGAUGUUCAGCCAGAAAUAGCGCAAAAUGACCCUAGGGAAGGCACCCGUGACCCUUUUCAGAACAAUAUUUGCAAAAUAAUCAACGAGACAACGGAAACGGCCUGUGCAAAUAAGAAGGGUAUACCAAAUAGCGCUUUGGUUCAGUUAUAAGGUGACAGGAGAGGUAGUUGAUAUUCAAGAAGAGAAGAGAAAGAUGGUAAAGGGAUUCAGGAGAAAAGGAGCAACCCUUCCCUAGAGAAUACACUUUUGCAAAAUGAACUCCUCUCUUCUCUCUCUCUCUCUUCCGAGAGAGGAAACUUCCUCCAGAGUCAGAGAAGAGAGAAUCGACACACUCUGUGUUUCCCUUGUGUAGGAGGCCCUCUUCCGCUCUGGUGAAUUGCUUGCCGCAGGUUGGGUUGGCAUUGGUCGAUUAUCGUAGCACUUGAGAGGGAAUUUAUGUCUUUCUGCAGGGUUGAAAAUAGCAGAAUUUAUUUAUUUCAGAUUGGUGGAAAUCAGGGCAAGAAGAGCAUUGGAACUGAGCUAGAUGCCAUACAGGUAACAUGUGUAUUUGUUAACACCCUCUUAAAGGCUCAUGUGUAAGGGUGAUUUUUAAAGCGAUUUCAAAUCGCUCUUGUAGACUGCGGCCAUUUUGUGGCGAUUUAUUACUGCGAGAUUGCAUUUGAUUAGUGCAUUUCUUCUCGAAGGUAGCAAAAGUCGUAGGUGUUUUAGCGGUAAGUAUUUAAGUUAGAUGCGCUCCCUUGUGAGAUUCACAUAAAGAGUGGAAAAUCGCCUCGAAUUCGCAUCAAAAAUCGCAGCAAAUAUCACACACCUUUACAUGUAAACGUUCACCCCGAACUUUGCAAAACCGAAACGGAUUUUUUUCGCGAGUUAACUUUCCGUUUCAUUCUGUUCGUCUCAGUCGUUACAGUCCCUCACGAACGUAGGUGAGAAGUAGUCAGUAAUUUUUCCCACUAUUGUAUUAAUAAUUAUUGUGUAUCGUUUCUUUAUAGCUUUCAAUAUUUUCACAUCGUUUUAUGAGCACUGCGGAGCAGAUGGGUCGGUAAGUAGGAAGGACUUGUUAUAUUUUGGUGACUUAAAAAAAAUUAGAAGGAUCAGUUGAAUGACUUCUCUUGUGCUUCCUUUGACAGAGUUUUGCAGCGCACAUCGAUUUCAACGAACAUCAAGGUGGGUCAAACGGAUCCUCUGCAGCUUUAUUUGUUAAUUAACAUCUAUUCUGAGGUUAAAUUUAAUGGCAGUAAACCAAGGGGACCAAUGCCCUCUAGCCGUUCAUUACAGGAAUGGCUCCGAGCCUUUCAAAAGAAAACCGCUGACUGCGCUUCGGAAGGAAACCGCUCAUCCCUCCGACAGCUCAACGUGCCUUGUUUCACCGUCAUCCCUUUUCCAUCUCAUACGUCGAUGUAUCGUGUGUACGUUCGUACAUUAAAACGUUUUUUCUUUCGUGUUACAGGAGCGGCUUGACUUCUCGUGCGCCAUGUUUGGUCCCGAUGGAGGCCUGGUUGCUAAUGCUCCUCAUAUUCCAGUCCAUCUCGGUUCAAUGCAAGAAACUGUGCAAUAUCAGGUUUGAACAAUGGUUUUUUUGCGAUCCAGAGUUAUUGGUAAUCACGCGAAAACGUGUUUUCACCAGCAGUUAACUAUAGUUGUAUCUGACGUUAAACCAUAAUGUUUUUUAUUAAUAUCAUUGUAGAUUCGCACGUUAGGGGAUGAUUUAAAAGAAGGUGACGUCAUACUUAGUAACCACCCCAGUGCAGGAGGGACUCAUCUGCCUGAUUUGACGGUCAUCACGCCGGUAAGUAACGUCAUCUGUGGCCCGUCUACGUACUGAUCAUAUUAACUAUAAGGGCGCUUAGCAUGUGUGGGAACUGCCUGGCCAGACUCAGUCCAAUUCCACUAUAAUCAGGACUAUCCACCCACAUCAGUCUGGACGUAAAUAAUGUGCACGGCAGUUAUGGGUGUUCUUGACAGUUUAGUCAAAGACUUAUUCAUUUGUUUGGUCUCUAUUUUACUUCGGCAAAUCGUAUCAGUAAUCAACUAACAAACCUGAGGCCGAUGGUGCGCUCAUUUUAAAGAAAAUGUUCCAAAGAAUCUUUAGUUAUAAUUCCAGCCGGAAAAGAAAGCUUUGAGCGAUUUUCUUGCCUCGAGUUCGUCUUUUGAAAAAAAAACACCGGGAAGCUGGCCCCCUCUUUUCAUCAGUGCUCCGUUUUACGGGUUUUUAAAGCUAUUUAAAGGUACACGGAAAGGAACCAUUUGUAAAAUAAUUUAUUUAGAAUAGUGUCUAUUAUCUUUAAUAUAUUAUAAAUGUUUUGUACAUUGUUGAUUUAGUCUUUUAUGGUUAAUGGCAAAAUAAGUGAAUGAAUGAAAGAAGUCGAAAGAAGGAUUUGAGGUCAUACCUGGGAAUCGAACUCGGAGCCACUGCGAAAAUUUUGUGAAGAGACUAACAUUUCCAUUUUAAAAUAACCGGUUUGGCUGACCAUUUGGUAACCUCCCCGGGGAUUGGUUACUGCAUAUAUUAGACAAGUGAGAGAAAUAGUCAAGUUAUAUUUCCUGUCUCUUCUUCACAUGUCUUCUGCUACCCGCCAAUAAUAUUUGUACGUCUCUUUCGUACAGAACUAUGACAGAAAAACUACGAUCACUGAACUUAUUUUGUUUCUUUUCACAACACUGAAGUCCUUAAAAGCAUUGUAUAUGCUUUUUCAAACGUCUAUGUGUUUUUUAUUAGGUGUUUUAUCCAGGACAAGCCAAGCCUGUUUUCUUUGUUGCCAGCCGAGGUCAUCAUGCCGACAUAGGAGGUUCAGCCCCAGGUACGAACAAAUUAUCGUCACCCAAUAUCGUUACUAUAUAACAACUUUUUGUUUCCUAGCAGCUUAGAGCUAAUCAGUGAACACUGGCAAGUUGUAUUUGACCAAUAUAUUUGCUGUACUACAUGAUCAAACUUUUUUUGGGGGAGUCUCAAGGUCGGACAAGUCAUGAAACCUACAAACCGAGGAAAUCCUACCUACACGCGCCAGAAAUGACUCGAAAACAUGCAUGACAUUAAGGCGAGGGCCUGAAAAUAAGACUCUAGAAACCACUUUUAGCUGUGACAAUUGUGUGACAAGUAGUGCAAACGAUAGAUUGCUUCGGAGUCACUCGGGCGGGAGUCACAUAAUUCUCGUUGAAGAGCAUUGCGUGACUCCGGCCAGAGCGGCUGCAAAGGAGACUAUGGAAAUGACCAACUUUUCAUUUGACAUUUUUUAAUUGGCACAUAAAAGUUGGUGUGCCAGAUUUUUCUUUUUUUAUUUUAACAAGUGCAUUUGUGCCGAAAACUUUUUAGAAUUCAUUAAGUGUGCUGGUGGCUGGAUGGAGCUUGGGAUGUGCGAGUGACGAUGCCAUAGCGAGAAGGAAAGGCGGAAGAUCUCCAUUUCUCCUUCCGUCCUCACCCCUCGCCCCCCCCCCCCCCCCCCAUACUUCCCUUUCCCGUUUUCCCUCUAUGGCAGCACGUAAAAGACCUCUACAGAGGGAAGAGGUUGGAGAAGGGAAAUGAAGUUAAGUUCAUCUUUUUUCGUAACAUUUUUCUUUCAGGUUCAAUGCCUCCUAAUUCUCAUUCCAUUUUUGAGGAGGGCGCCGUGUUUAAGUCGUUUAAAAUUGUCAGUGAAGGCGUUUUUCAAGAAGAAGGUAAGGUGGUGACUCUAAAUUGAUUUUUUUCAUACGAUCACCAUUUUUCUACUGACGAGAAAUUAUUGAUGCUUUUUAAUGAGUGCACGAUACGUUUGGUUCAAGCUAUUAGUUCUGCUUACUCAAUUUGUUAAUUGUAGACGAAUUUUCUAGAGUUAAAUUCUUGAGAACGCACACCCAGGUUUACAAGGGAAAGUACAUAAAGAAAAUUUUCGUGGUGUUGUUAACUUCACCACAAAAAGAGGAAGUAGAUAAUUUUGCGACGUAAUCGUGCGGAGGAACGGCAAGGAAAUGCACCAGUGAGCGGGAUACUCGUGCAGAGUGAUGUUUUGCUUUUUGGCCUAGUACUUUUUCGCCGUUGUCGUUGUCAAGUCUCUCUAACACGGUUGCGGAAGCAAACGAUUUCGUGGCAUUGUUGUUAUUAUUGAAAAAUGAUUGUUAUUGUUCAGACAAAAGUGCGCACAGGCGCUGGCAAAUGUUCUGACCUUCGAUACAUCAUCAGUAUUAAGAUUCUGACAUACGUUUCAAUUUCGUUUUCUGAAUGAACUACUUUUUUUCCUCUAGCACUCACCGAAAAGUUAAAGGAACCUGGAAAGUAUCCCGGAUGUAGUGGUACACGUAAUCUCCAUGACAACUUGUCUGACCUGAAAGCCCAAGUGGCUGCCAAUCAUAAGGUAACUCGCCUUUCUGGAAGAUGGAUUUUUCCCAAGUGUCUUUAGUACAUUUGAAUUAUUUUUUUCGCUCAUUUAAUACGCGAUGAACGUAUUUCCUUUGGGAAGGAACGUAAUUGUCAUGAAGUUGUAUCACGAAGGACGUUUUUCAUGACAAUGUAUUUGUGAUUUUAUUGUCUAGAUGUCUUAUAAUUGACAGUUGGCCGUAAUAGGAUAUCAUAAAUUUUUGCAACCAAAUUUAGUCUUAACGAUAAAACGAGUUUCGAUGGGGUUGCAAAUCAAUACUCUUUUUCAGAUCUAAAACUCUUCAACAAGUCUGUCUGAAUUGCGUUGUUUAAGAUAGCAUAUCUCAAACAUUUUAUUGUCUUUUCUUCUGCAGGGUAUCAAAUUAAUCACAGGUUUGAUAGAAGAAUACAGUCUACCGGUGGUUCAGGCGUAUAUGAAGUAUAUUCAGGUUAGAAUUUCUACUGAUUUCUUCCAUUACCCUCUGCAAAGGUAACAUCCCUUCUCUAAAUAAUUUGAAUUUUCAUUCCCCUUAGUCUUAUCGAGAGAAGUAGUGACUAUACUCAACUGAGCUACUUAUUACUUUUUUCCAGUCCAAUAUUUUGCUUUGAUGAAAUGAAUACUCCUUUCGACUUCUUAAUUUUAGCACAACGCUGAAGUAGCUGUCCGUGAGAUGUUAAAAGAAAUCGCCGCGAAAACUAAGGUAAGAAAGCACUUAAUCAUUUAAGCUUCAAUAUCCAAAUACAAGUUUUCCAGACUGAUCUCCAUGCAUUUCCUUAAAGAAUAAGUUGAGAGAAUUUGAUAAAAGAUCUGAGCAUUUUGCCUUUCGUGAUCAUUUUAUGUAUUCUUUUAACCUUUCGGCCUCUUGAUAAUGUACAAAUACUGGUAGAAGAAACUUGAUGUCCGCCAUUCUUUGAACUUUAAGAAUUACGUAAAUAACUUGUGCUUCUUUGACUUGAUGAAUCGAACGCUUUCUGUCAGCAUUUGAGAAUACAGUUGUUCCGGCUCCAUACGAAAGUUCAAUUCAACGCCCCAGCUUAGAUUUUCCACACCUUCGAAAAGCCCGUUCUGGGUCUUACGAUCAGUUGAAAUUUUCAAAAUUAGUUUGAUGAGAUGUAGCUGCACAGUAAAUAGAAUUCUCAUGCGAUUUCUCUGAAAUCGUCUGCAUGGUAGCCUAGAAACCCUAGGUCCUACCGAAACUGUAGUUCGGUCGAAACCACCCAACCAGUGAUGUUGUAACAGGGCGCUUUGAAAGGAUAAAACGUGCCUCGCACUUAGCCGGUACCCGGCCCUCAUAUGGUAGGAACUUCGCGAAAUAAGUGAAGCGAAAAUAAAACACGCUUGAUCUGGGGAAGGGGUAGUCUCCUUCGCAACCGCUCGGGCUCCGCUCGGGCUGGAGUCACGAGCGGCUGCGCAGGAAACUAGGGAAGACGGCACUCUCCCCAGCUUUCGACGAUCUCUUCACAUUAUGCAAUGCUAUCUUGGAGCAGCCUGAAAUAGGCUCCUUGGUACAAUAUUAAUAGAUGUUUCGGCCUCGAAAUCGUUUACUUUGCUUCUCCCAAACUAUACCAUACACUGUUUUCCUUAGUAAUGCCCGUUUUUUAGACAAGACGAGACUUUUUUGGAAGCUAUAAUGACCCUUUUACUGCUGUUACUCUAUUGCGGCUGUUAUUUGUAGGAGCGCACAGGAAAAACUGUCUUAGCUGCAGAGGAUCAUAUGGAUGACGGCUCACGUAUUAAACUGACUGUGUCCAUCGAUGAAAAGGAGGUAUGUGGUAUAGGUAAAAGCAAACAAAACAAUAGUAAAAACUGGUUGGUAGUGGAAUUGUUACUUACAUGAGACACACCACACAAGAAACUUGAAAAGUAUAAUCCAGAUGGAAUGUAACAGGGAUAAAAACGUAAGUAGUUGGAAUACAAGUUUCGUCCCGAAUAGGACUGUUGUUGACUGGGUCUACUGCAUCGGUUUUCAAAACAUCAGUCACCGUCAAAAACUAUUUACUAUGGUCCUAUUCACAGAACUUCACUAACCCCGAGGAUCAUAUUCCACCGGGUACAUGUGUACCUAUGAAAUAACCCUCAGGUUCAAACCUUUCAAGCGCGGCUAAAGUUGAACUCGUGGUCAGGUCCGGGACAGACUGACCACGUGAUCAUGAAGUAUAUCGAUCAGUAAUUCUCGGUUGGAUCAUUGGAUGUAUUUACAAAGUGUAAAUGAAUAUAGCGUCCACGAUCCUUUCUAUAGGAUAAGCCCACGAGAAACAACUAUUCGCCCCGAUUAGAUCGCUCAGAUGGAAUUGUCCAGGUACUCUCUUCACAGUUUCCGACUAAAAUUGUCUGUUAAUUCUGUUACUUUUCCUUGAUACAGGGUACUGCAGUGUUUGAUUUCACGGGAACUGGUCCGGAAAUGUACGGCAACCGUAAUGCACCGCGCGCUAUCACUUUCUCUGCCAUCAUCUACUGUUUGCGGUGCAUGGUCAAACACGAUAUACCGCUGAACCAGGUAAACAAAUCUCAAGUGUUUUAGUUUGUACACUUCGCUUUUGCCCUCUUCCCCAAAUUGUAAUUAGCGUGCUUUUUUUUGUAAAAACAUAUCGAAGUUUGUCAUUCUAGCUUAUCGAAUUGCAGACAUAUUUAUCGCUCAGCUAGCACAGUAUAUAAGUGUAUAGCAGGGGAAGGUUCAGUUUGUCAUUUCAUUGUAUUUCAACAGACAAGAUAAAAGUACGAAAAUUGUUUUGUUGAUGUAUAUGAUGUCACAUAUUUGUCUUGUUUAAAAAAAAAGAGCAAACGCUCGAGUUUGGCUUGUUUUUUCCUCAAGACGUCUUUGCUUAAGAUUUGAACUAACGAUACUUCAAGAACCUGACAAACGCGUUAGGCUUCGACGCCUAAAAAGAAAAAAAAAUAAUCGUUCACAGCUCGUUUACUGAAUUGUUAGCUGCUUACUUUUCCCGUCUUUUUCCGCCAUCAGGGUUGCUUAGCGCCAGUGCAGGUAAUUCUCCCACCUGGAAGUAUUUUGGAUCCAACAGAAACCGCAGCUGUUGUUGGCGGGAAUGUGUUGACCAGUCAGAGAGUUGUUGACGUUGUAUUGAAAGCCUUUGAAGCAUGCGCUGCGUCUCAGGUGGGUCACCAUUUUGUUGAUUCGCAUUUUUUAUGAGAGAUAAGUGGGGUUGGGUUCCUGUAAUAUUUAGUCAGAUGACGAAAAAAAGAACUUAAGAUUAACAAAAAGAGUAGCAAAAAUUGCAAAAUGGACUACAGUGGAACCCCGUUAUUACGGUCACCAAGGGGCCAAAAGAUUGGCCGUAAUAACGAGGUGACCUUAUUGACGAGGUGGCCGUAUGGCGGGGUUCCACUGUAUUAAAAUAAGGCUCAAGACUUAUGUUUAAAUUUUUCUUUUUAAAAUAAAACCAUAGCAAUUACCUCUCAGCAAUCAUCAGUCAUGGUUUUUGAUAGCGACGGAGACAGAUUCGGAGUGUUAUCAGAAACAUAGAGUGUUAUAAUCUAGUGAAAAUCGCUGAUAACUUCUUCGCUUAUGAUUAGUUGUGGUGAAAACUAGGCUGUCGUAUUGGCUAGAAAAAGCGAAAGAACUUAACCUCUCACAGUGUACCCACAGUACGCAAACGAGCAUUGUGAUUGGCUGACUGGAGUCGAAAGAAAAUGGAAACGUUCUGAUUUUUGCGAGUCCGAUUUCGAGGAGCUUAUGAAUCCGCUUACGACACUGAUUUUUUUUCCCGAUUUUCAUCAGGUCAUAAGCGCUCUUAAAGGGGCUAGGUCACGCAAUUAGCUCUCUUUUUGAAAAGCUAAAACGUCUCUUCGCAUCAACUGAAUUCCAAACAUAGUGGUCCAGUUUUGUAAUUUAAGAUUAUAUUUAAGUAUUGAAACUGUUUCCUGUUGUUUGUUGCAAUGAAUUGCCAGUAUGGACAUGGAUUGAAAGUUGAGAGGGUUGGGCCAAUUUUUCGAGUUUUUAAGCUAAGGUAAUCCCCCCCAAAUAUUAUGGUUAGUGCUCCCUGAUGAAAUAUGUUUGGGGGGGGGGGGGGGGGGGGGGGUAAAGCUACUAAGUCAUGACAUUUAGCCUGCGUCGCAGAGGUAAUUAACCUUGAAUAGUGACGUCUGCGAAGCAGCGCCGAGAUUCUUUGUUCUGAACCCCCAACGGACUCAAUGAAUUACCGGAAGUGCGUUUCGAAUGUCCCUUCAACCUGAUUGGCAAACCGACAAAGGGCCUUUGUCACACGGCAGCCAUUUUGUCCCGAGAGACUAGAGUAGCUUUGCUUUACCUGUCUAGCCUCGCUCCCAAGAUUUUCACUGCCAGGUCGAGGGUGAUAAAAAGAAGCUUUUUCAGUCUGUCGGGACAAUAUGGCCUCCGUGUGAAUAAGGCCCGUGGCUUUUUGAACCGGCCUAUUAUCGCUCGUUCCUAAAUCCUGGUACACAGGUAUAGCCCAGAACAAGGAUUUUUGCGCUGUUUCGCAGACGGGCUUAACCAGAGUUUAUUUUAGUCGGUGGCGCAAGCUAAGCCCCUUUAAGACUCGGAUUUAUACGGCUCCGACUUCGACUCCGUCGCCACAGUCUUAAGAACACGUUACGUUUAUAUUGCUGACAACCGAGCAACAUCGAAAACCGCUGUAUUGUUGUACACCGCAGGGUUGUAUGAACAUCACAGCUUUUGGUGGUGAUGAUUACCAAUAUAUCGAGACAAUCAGCGGCGGAAGUGGAGCGGUGAGUCGUUUCACUAUUCUAAUACAAUUCAAUUCCUUCACGUGUAUGGCAGGGUUGCAUGAACAACACCACGUUUGGGGACGAAGGAUGCGGAUAUUACGAAACGAUUUGCGGGGGAGCUGGUGCGGUGAGUUUGAGCAUGCGCAGGGCGCCCAUUGCUUCUUCUUGGAUGCCAGUAAACAAACAAGCAAAUCGCUAGGACGGUUUGAGACGCUUCUGUAGGAAACAGUUUAUGCGAUUUGGUAAACCUUUAAGGACGUUAAUACCCUAUUAGAGUAAAAACAAUUCGGACAGUUUGUGUCAACGUUUCGAGAAACGUGUUUUUUUAUUAUUGCUAAAUGUUAGCAAGUUAGUAGGGCCAUAAGAAAGACUACAGUCUGACUGUAAUUUUACACUGUUCUGCAGCAUUUUGUAAUGACGACGCAUUUUGUAACAAGGGUUGCGGCAUGUGUAGUAACGACGGAUUUUGUCAUAACUUACGCAUUUUGUAACAAGGGUUGUGGAACUUUGUUAUAACGACGGAUUUUGUAAUAACUUACGCAUUUUGUAAGAAGGGUUGUGGAACUUUGUUAUAACGACGGAUUUUGUAAUAACUUACGCAUUUUGUAACAAGGGUUGUGGAACUUUGUUAUAACGACGGAUUUUGUAAUAACUUACGCAUUUUGUAACAAGGGUUGUGGAACUUUGUUAUAACGACGGAUUUUGUAAUAACUUACGCAUUUUGUAAGAAGGGUUGUGGCAUUUUGUAAUAACGACGGAUUUUGUAAUAACUUACGCAUUUUGUAACAAGGGUUGUGGCAUUUUGAAAUGACAACGCAUUUUGUGAUAACUUACGCAUUUUGUAACAAUGGUUGCGGCCUUUUGAAAUAACGACGCAUUUUGUAGUAAAUGAAAGCUACGCAGAUUGUAAUAAGUUACGUCAAUUGAUAGUACUGUGUUUAUGUCAAGGUGGGAGAGAGAAUGGGGAGAGAGCGAAGGAAGAGAAACACCUUCCGUUCUCCCUCCUUACCUUACUUCCCCUUCGUCCUUUAAAACCUGCUAAGGAAAGCCUGAUACCUCGUGCACCCUAUUGAAAAAGUGUCAUUCAUUCAUAGUAAAUCCUGUUUUACAUAAAAGGGAGUUAUUGUUUACAUACUGAAAACCCUUACCCUAACCCAACCUCUCCUACACUCACAGAUCAAGCCUCCUAAGAUACAACUGUAAAAUGGGCUUUCACAAGUUAGUCAACAUUCAACUGCCAUGUACGUAAAUCGUGAAAGGGUCGCUCGCGCAGCCAUACCACAGUUGCGUGUUAUUUUUGAUCAGCUAGCAGUUCGUAUUGAAGUGUUUUGUUUUUCCUUCUCAGGGUCCAACAUGGGAUGGACGUAGUGGGGUCCAUGUGCACAUGACAAAUACUAGAAUAACAGACCCGGAAAUCAUCGAAAGGAGGUUGUUAUAAAUGAUUCCCUUUCGUAUUUUGAAAUUGCCGCAGAAUACAAACACCUGAGAUACAUUUGUUAAGGGUUUUCUUCAGUUUGGGAAAACACCUCGACUUGAAGUCAGGUUUGUGAGACUGCGAGAAUGAACAGGAAGCCCAGCCAAACCCAUUUUACGAAAACCACUGGUCGCUAAACCUGGUUUCAGCCGAUGCUCAAUGCCUGCGAAGUAAAAUAUCCACGAGGAACUUGAAAUCUUAAAAUAAGACAGUCCAUAGAGUUGUUAUAAUUUCGCCCUUUUGCAGGAAUUCGACUCUCACCCGUUCAGAAUGCGACCUCAGUGCUUUUAUUCCGCGGGAAAUGGAUAAAUGGCGUACUAAAUAUUUCAGUAAAAACUAUUAAAAACUCUAGAGACUGGAGUAGACUUUUGUGGCGUUUCGACUUGUUCAAAGAAAAGAGAAGCUAGGCGGCUGAAACACUUUUAAUAUUUGCGAUCAUUUCUUGUGAACUAGGUCGUUGGUGAAUGUUUCUUGCUUUUUAGGGAUCCUCGGCCGAAAGGCUGAAUUUUCUUUCUGUUGUUAGCAUUUUAACUUUUAGAGUCUUAACUUACACAUGUAAUCUGUCAUAUGUCCUGAGUCAAUUGCCAAAUUCCUUUCAAAAAUCUGCCGGGAAAUGCUUUUUUGCGGUGCAAGGUGUUUGUAGCAUCUGCGUUUACGAAUCAUUGAAAUCCUCAACGUGAGUGUGACGAUUCAGCUGAAAGUCACCGGGCAGUACUUUUCGGUGGUGUUGUUUAUUGUUUUAUACAGUCUUAUCUGUCUUAGCGUACACGUCCCUAAAAUGGACACCUAGCGUUAGACCUUGCCAUUCUUGACUUAUUUUCCUUGAGUCUCUAUGUAAAACAGGCAACUUUUGAAACUGGACACUUAAUGUUGGCUUCAACGGUGCGUCGUUUAAAGAGUUGACUGUUCAGGGGGUUCUGAUUUGAAAAACUGCAAACGAAAUCGCUUAAGAGCGUGGACGUUUCGACCUGCCCAACCACCCCUUCCCCCUAACCCCACGUUAACAGUCGUACUGAGGGCAAAAUUUUGGGUUAUGGGAAAGAUAGCUGGGCAGCUUUCCAGAUUCUUAUACAGAACCGUGUCCUCUGUGACUGUUUGUGAUUUUAACUUUGGCACCAUUUUUGAAGGUUUCCAAUUAUCUUACGCCGUUUUCAUCUCAACCCUGGAACUGGUGGAAAUGGAUUUCACAGGGGAGGGGAUGGGGUGGUGCGUGAGCUGUUGUUCAGAAGGAGUCAGGUUCUUUCAGUUCUUGGCGAGAGAAGAGCCUUCAGGCCUUACGGACUUAAAGGUAUGAGACAUUGAUUACUAUGUUGUUCAAGGAAGUUUUGUGGUUAAAAUAUUUCUUCUGGGAUGGGCAAAGCAUCUCCAGCUCACAAAUUAAAGAGCAACCAGUAAAGAAUGUUUCCUUUUCGUCAAUUUCUUUUCCUUUUUCAAUUAUUCCCUAUCGGUAGUAAUGAGUGAUCGCGCCGAAGUGGUCAAUUUAUGAAAAAUUACAGAUGAUUAGUCAUACGCCUUCCCGAAAUAUUGACUAAUUGAGACAGCAAUCCGCACUGCAAUUAGUUCACGGUUAUCUAAAGCCCGGUUUUAGUACUUCAUGUGGGCGGAAUAGAAUUCGAAUUUACCGAAAUCGAAUUUAGGCUGACUCAAAUCAAUUUAGGCCUGCUGACUUGAUUCACACGUCGAUCUUUAUUUCAGCCGAGCUAAUUAAAUUCAAAAGGGAAAAAUGCGCAUUUCGGUAAAGUUUGGCGUCUGAAUCAACGCCGGUCCACAGCUGUCAUUCGCGGCUGACCCAGAUGUGAAGAACGGCUGAGCCAGGUGUGAAGAACGGCUGAGCCGUUCCAAAUUCAUUUAGCCCGGUUUUGAAUUCAUUCAGACGCCGUACUUUUUCAUGAACUUACUUCAUAAAUUCGAUUUGGCGACUAAUACUGAACUGAACCUUUGGAAACCACUCAGCUGUCAAAAUUUUGGCAACAGCGCAAACGAUAAUAGAUAUGUUAGGUCCAGUUCAAAGGUCGAACUUUUCAUGUACCGAACUCAAUACCUGUUUGGGUGGACCCAAAGAUGCAAUUCCAACGGUCGCCGGAUUCAGACGGCGAACUUGCAGAGCUUAAUUAUUUGGACUCAAUUCAUUUUUACGAUGUACAAUGGUCUACAAUGCUUAUAAGUAAAGAUAAAUUACGGUGAUUUAUGCAUUAGGUUUGGCACGUGAGAAGUUCGACGUUUCAAACGAAGUCGCUCCACAGUCGAAAUUCCCAUGUAGGCCACUCGACCUUUAUAAUUCAUGGGUCGAUGCAAAUUCGAUAUGUCGGACUUAACUGAUUCAAACGUUGAUCUCUCCAUGUUCUCAUUUGAAAGGGAUUUGGUUCGGUACAUGAAAAGAUCGACGUUUGAAGUGGACCCUAGUGACAAAUCUCUGUCUAUUUUCACCUGUGUUUCCAGAGUGGUUGAAGAAGUUUCCUCUUUAAUACGAGCAAUCACCGGUCACUUUCUUAACAAUGCUCUCUUGAUGAAUAAUUUUUUGUUUAGGCGGUGAGCCAGGAUCUCCAGGGCUUAGCUUGCUUCUCAAAGCGGAUGGAAGAGUUAUUAACUUGGGAGGCAAGGCUUCUGUCCACAUGAAUCCCGGGGUAAGUCAUAACUCAUGUGCAGGAGUAGGUACUUCGAACAUCAGUUAGUUCGCCCCCUGGUGAAUUAACCCUCUAGAGGUUCGCCCCCUUCGUUCGGAGUUCGCCCCUUAGUGAGUUAGCACCCUACUAUCCUAUUUUUAAAAUAGCUCUACAAUGGUUGUGUAUUCGUGGAUAACCAAAACGUAAACCCAGGUUAACGUUAUCAAUAAAUCGAUUAUCCCCGCCUACGCGUGCGAAUUUUCGAAAUGUUGCCUUUACCAUGCUCGCAAGCACUACAGUUUCGGCAAUUGUUUGUCCUUCUUUCGCCUCGCGUCCAAGUUUAGCUUUUCAGUAAGUCUAGAUUAACUUUGAAGAAGUUUUCAUAGGCGACGGAGUCUGAGUCGGAGACGCUAUCAGAAGCGUUGCACUUAUAACGAUGUAGUGAAAACAGCGAGCGUCCUCAGUGAUUCCGCUUACGACUCUGUCGCUUACGCUCAAGUGAAAACUACGUGGUCGAAGUCGAAAGCAGAAGAAGAAGUAAACCAGUCACAAAGGGUGGGAACGUGCAUUGUGAUUGGUUUAUCCUUCCGCUUCUACCUCCGACUCCGACACUCUAGUUUUCACUAGAUGGUAAACGGAGUCGGAAGAAAAUGGAAACGUUCUGAUUCUUCCAUCUCCGAUUCCGUCGCGCUUAUGACUCUUACGACGACCAGCAUUAAACUUUUGUCUUUUUUUAGGACUGUUAUCGUGUUCAGACCCCAGGCGGUGGUGGUUAUGGAUCACCGACAGGGAGCCUGGAACCAGACAAAAAUGUUGGUGACCCACCGACAAAAAGUGAGCCAGGAAAUCCACAAUACUUUGCGGCCUGCGGUAGCUUACACAAUUAUAAAAUGAUGCAAGAAUCAGCCUAA